CCUCGGCCCGGCCAGGUGUCGGAGGACGAACCGGUGUCCACGCUGAAACAUCUGGUCUCUGAGAAGCUGAACGUCCCGGUGCGCCAGCAGCGGCUGCUGUUCAAGGGCAAGGCCCUGGCAGAUGGAAAAAGACUCUCCGAUUACAGCGUUGGGCCCAAUUCCAAGCUCAACCUAGUGGUCAAACCACUGGAGAAGGUGUUACUGGAAGAAAGUGCUGCCCGCAGACUGGCGGAGGCCCCGCCGCCACCCCCACCAGCCUGGCAGCUGAUCUCCAAAGUCCUGGCCCGUCACUUCAGCGCGGCGGAUGCCAGCCGAGUUCUGGAUCAACUACAGAGGGAUUACGAGAGGUCCCUGAACCGCCUGACGCUGGAUGACAUCGAGCGCUUGGCUGGCCGCUUUCUGCACCCCGAAGUAACUGAAGCUAUGGAGAAGGGGUUCUCCAAAUAAGUUCUCAGUGUGGGGAGGAGCUCGGCCAGGCUGCAAGCUGCAUGUAGCAUUAAACGUGUUCUCCUGUCGCAAUCUGGCUCAUGAUAAUAAUAACAGCUGCCAGUG